AUGCUGAUGCCUAGGUGGCCCUAUCCAGCGACUGACAACAACAAGGUUUCCUGCAAGUUCCCAUUCCAACAGCACACUAUCUUCUACGACCAUGAGAUUGAUAUCAAAUUCCACAUGUGCAUGCGGAGAGAGUGCAUGUUUCGCGACAAGCCAACGGUACUCUUUCACGGCCACUGCUAUGCAUUCCGCGUUCACUUGGUGACACCAAAGUUCCUCGCCGCCACCCAGUACGCCUUCGCUCCAUCCGUCGCUGAAGAGCGGCGGCGAGCCGACUACAUCCAGAAGGCUCUGGCUCUCGAUUUGCAACGCGCGCUUGUCUGGCCCCGGAGUCUUCCCCACGAGUUAUGGCUGAUGGUUGCAGAGUCUCUGGCCCAAGCUUGCGCCUCUCUGACCGCGCAGGAACAGGUGCAGGGUAGUGUUGAUGUCGACGAUUCUACUCUUGACUUGAGGCAGCCUGUUUAUGCAUCGUAUGUCAAGAUUGAUGGCCGAUGUUAUGUCAAGAGCUUGCAGAACACGCCUGGAGUAAGUGGCGGCAAGGGAACGUACCUUUUGCAACCGGCUCAAGCCCCCAAAGAGGAGAGCAACAACAUGUUCGUGGCAGAAGAUCACCUUGGCAUUUGCCAGGUCGUUUUCGUCUCGCCCAGGAGCUGUCUUGAAUGGUGUCGCAACCAUCCGGCCGUGCUGGGUACCUGGUGGAGGCACAUUUCUUACAAGGCCAUCCCUUCUGCCGUGGUUUUUAGGAGCGAUUACCCGGGCGGGCUCCGAAUGCGCUUUUGCGACUUGAAUACCGCCGAUGUUGUCGGCUACUCAGUAGCGACCGAUGGUGCCAAAGUUCUGGCCAUCCUCUCCCACAAGCAAAACGAUCAACCAGACACAGCCCUAUACGAGGAUGUCAGCGCGGAAAUUUGUCAUUGGAUGUACAUGCCGAUGAACGAAGGCGAGUAUCUCACCGACAUCUGUAGGCGGGCGGGGUGUUCUAUCAUCCAAACCCAAGUUGUAGGGAUAACCGUAAUGGAAACCCUUCCUUCUCCCCUCGGCUUCAGCUAA